AUGCUGGAUAAAGAGCGCGGCAAGACCCUCAACGGUGGUCGAGUGGGCCCUGCCCAUUUGGCUUCCCCUUUGUCCGUGAUACUUGCUCCGACCCGAGAGCUCGCUUGUCAGAUACACGAUGAGGCCACCAAGUUCUCAUAUCAAACUGGAGUCAGAGUUGUGGCUGUUUAUGGUGGGGCUCCUAUGUUCCAACAGCUACAAAAACUCGAAAUGGGAGUUGAAAUCUUGGUUGCCACACCAGGCCGCUUAGUGGAUCUGAUAGAAAGAGGAAGAGUAUCCCUUAGAAACAUUAAGUACUUGGCACUGGACGAGGCUGACCGGAUGCUCGACAUGGGCUUCGAGUCCCAUGUCUGCAAGAUUGUUCAGCAAAUGGAGAUGCUCCCGCCGGGCUCGAGAAAGAUGAUGCUUUUCAGUGCCACAUUUCCAGAUGAAAUACGAGGCUUGCAUCGAAUUUUCUCAAGAACUACAUCUUUCUUGCGGCUGGAAAAGUUGGAUCGAGCACUGAUCUCAUUGCUCAGAGCAAACGGGACCAUUUGGUUGAUAUUCUUUGUUGCCAAAAGACCAAUCCCUGCUAAGAGGCUUGCAUCGAAUUUUCUCAAGAGCUUGCUGCUGGAAAAGUUGGAUCGAGCACCAAUCUCAUUGCUCAGAGCAAACGGUACCAUAUGGUUGAUAUUCUUUGUUGCCAAAAGACCAAUCCCUGCUAAGAAUGCUUUGACUUUAGUCUUUGUGGAGACGAAAAAUGUAGUGGAUGCUCUCGAGCGCUGA